AUGCAAGCCAAGCAAACAGCACAACGAAGGCUGAAGCAGUCAAACAAGACUGACCACCGCAUCUUCCUCCGCCUCCCGGCCUCCUCCAGCCUCCGAGCUAUUGGACCACAUGGCAUCCGGGUCACCCUUGCUGGGAAGGUUCCGGACGGGAUCACACAGGGCAAGGCUUUCCUACUAUCAGAGAAGGCUGCAAGCCUAGCUGGGGAUGGGUACUUUGAAAUUCCAACAGAGUACCACCAGGUUAUUGUCUCCCGGAUCCCAAAACAACUCUGGUCCCUAGAUGGAUGGAUAGAUACAACAAUUACAGACAUUAGCAUGGAAGCAGAGCGCAUUACUGGCAUUAAGCCUCUCAUGGCCAAGCUCUCAAAACACCCACCUUUCCAAAAAAGCUACAACACCCCCUGCAACUCUUUGGCUUGUCUGGCCUAUCAAGGCCCACUCGCCCCAAGCAAAGGCCUUUGCAAUGCACCCGAUGCUACCGCUUCCACGAUACAAGGGCCUGCCGCUCUAGUGACCGAUGCAUCUCCUGCGGAUCCUCAAAACAAGAUCAUAACUGCCAUGUACAGUGUAUCAACUGCUGCGGCCCACAUGCAGCAGACUUCCCAAAAUGCCCAGCCAGACCCCAUGUCCAGAGGAACAUUAUUACCCGCCUCUCGAAAGGAUGCUCUAGCUGCUAUCCGCAAGGCUGGCCGGCUUGCCUUCCAACAGGAACAGAAGAAAGCUGAAAGUUCUAAACAACAAGCAGACACCCAUUCCCUCCCGGAACCUAUCUCUCCGGAUAUCACCACAAUCUACACGGCAGGCCUUACUAUUAUCAAUGUUUAUCGGCCCCCUAAUAACCCAGUUGCCCCUGCUGGUGCUGGCUCAACACCCUCUACACUUUCCACACUCCUAGGAUAUACCCCACCAGAGAACACCAUCCUAGCAGGAGACUUCAAUACCCGGCACCCAUUCUGGCAGCCAGAUACUGAGUCUCAUACUGUCACACCUGGCGCAACAGGACUAUUAGACUGGCUUGAUGCCCACGAGCUGGAACUUCGCCUCGAGCCAGGCACCCCUACCCGUGGACCAAAUACCCUAGACCUAGUCUUCUCUAACAUACCACUAAGGGCCCUAGUGGAAGACCAUCUAAAGACUCCAAGCGACCAUGCAACAAUUGGAAUAAUACUGGAGCAAGACGAGCCUUCUCCUAUUCACAAGCUUGGCUCUACCAACUGGGAGAAAGCCAGAACCCUGGCAAGCCCGCCUGACCCAACCCUACCAAUUAACCUACUAGCCGAGCAACUGGUCCAGAUAUCCCAGCUAGCAAUUCAAGGCGCAUCAAGAUACAAUACUUGCAGACUCCCCAGGACCCCAUGGUAG